AUGGCGCCAAAGGGAGAGAAGAAACCCGCGGAGAAGAAGCCAGCAGAGGAGAAGAAGCCCACCAUAGCCGAGAAAGCUCCGGCUGAGAAGAAGCCAAAGGCCGGAAAGAAGCUCUCCAAGGACGGUGGCGCCGCCGCGGCCGGAGACAAGAAGAAGAAGAGAAACAAGAAGAGUGUGGAGACAUACAAGAUCUACAUCUUCAAAGUUCUGAAGCAGGUUCACCCAGACAUUGGUAUCUCAAGCAAAGCCAUGGGAAUCAUGAACAGUUUCAUUAACGACAUCUUCGAGAAGCUUGCUGCUGAAUCUUCCAGACUUGCAAGAUACAACAAGAAGCCGACAAUUACAUCGAGGGAAAUUCAGACUGCAGUUAGGCUUGUUCUGCCUGGAGAAUUGGCUAAGCAUGCUGUGUCUGAAGGAACAAAAGCUGUGACAAAGUUUACAAGUUCUUAA